AUGGUGCAGCUGCAGCAGCAGCAGCAGCAGCUGCAGCAGCAGCAGCAGCAGCAGCAGCUGCAGCAGCAGCAGCAGCAGCGGGGCCGCGCAGCAGGGAGAGGGAGAAAGCAGGAAGAGCGAAGGCCGUUUGCUGCUGCAGCAGCUGCUGCAGUUGCUGGAGAGGGAGAAAGCAGGAAGAGCGAAGGCCGUGGGGGGGGUACUGAGGGGGGCCCCCCGGGGGCCCCCCUGAAUGAGAGAGAAGAAGAGAGAAGGGCCCCCAGGAGCAGAGAAGCAGCAGAAGCUGACGAAGCGCAGCAGCAGCAGCAGCAACAGCAGCAGCAGCAGCAGCAGCAACGGCAGCAGCGGGAGGAACGGGAGCAGGAACGACAGCAGGAGCAAGAGCAGCAGAAACAGGAGAAAGAACAGCAGCAGCAGCAGCAGCAACAGCAGCAGCAGCAGCAGCAGCAGCAGCAUGGAGGCAGAUCCGGUAUCAGGGGAGAAGGAGGGCCCGGGGGGAGGAGGACGCAGCACCGAGUGCUGAUAGCGAACCUUGACCCCACCGUACAGUGGCAAGACCUCAAAGACUUCGGCAGGAGAGGGUUUAGGGUUUAG